AAUGUUGAAGUGACAGUGUGUGUGUGAAGAUGGCUGCCGAUUGAUUGUCAUUUUUCUUGUUCGUACGUGAAAAAGUUUCUGUGAAAAAUUCCGUGGAAAUUCACAUGAAUCAUAAAUCAAAGUAGUGCAAGGAUAUCCAUUGGCAUCCCAAGAGGUGAUUAAUUGUGCAGUAUAGCAGCAAAAGUGGGUGAAAGGUGGUGAAAAGUGCCAUUGAAAUUCGCGACUACGCAGAAAUCUGCCACAGCACUUAAAGCAGAAGCAAUAAACAGCGUUUUUUUUUAGAAGAAUCUACAAAGAAAAUCCUUAGUUAAUUGAGCAAGAAGAGGAACCAUGCGUGAUCCGUCGUUGGUGAGAUGCUCUUGGACGUGUGGAAAAAGCGCGAGACUCUGGCCAGGCGAGGUGUAAGGAUUAUUGUGGACGCUAUGACACGCAAAAGGCGCCCAGUUCGUGACACAAAAGUGCCCAAAGAGGCGAAUUAUGUGAAAGACACUUACUACGAUUCCCUGAUUGACAGCACCAAAGUGGCUGGGGGACGGGUGAAGAGUGAGACUGUGCAGGGUAGGGGGGAAUCCAAUGGUCCGUCGUUGCGCUCAAAGCGUGAAACGUGCAAACGGAUCAACUAUACAGAACCCAAGGAUGAGGAGUGCUUGAUAGAGAGGCGCAAAGGGAAGCCACCACUCUACAAAGUUAUCGACAAGAGUAUGUCGUAUACCAAGCAGAAUCACACGGGUCGCGAUAGAUUUCCGGGGCGACCGAAGCCCAAGGUGCUAUCGAAUCUCGUGGCGAAGAUCCGGAAGAGGCGUAAGACGGCACUGUCGGUGCUGAGUGACGAAGCGGAUAAUUUUAUGUUUCCGCGAACGACAACGAGGGCAGACACCGAAGACAGUGAUUCCGUUGAUCUGGACAGUAAGAUAGAGAUGCUCAACCAUGAGAUGGGAGAGUCUCCGGGACGCACCAAGGAUGCUCCACCGAAUGGACUGAGGCCAAAUCGGAGGAAGAAGAAUCACGUUGACAGCUAUUUGGAUGACAACAAUUCUGACUAUGGGAAAUUCUCACCGACAGCAUCAAGGCUGUUGGGUCAGGAUGCUGUGGAGCCAAUGGCUGAAAUUGAGGAUGUUAAGCCACAGACUCCGGUGAUUCCCAAUCUCACCAGGAUCAUCAAUAAGGAGGAAAUUGUGCGACAUAGAUUCGCAUUUGAAAGGGUGCCAACGACUGAACCGUGGUACGAUGCAUUCCUAAGGCAGGACGAAGGACGCGAAAAGGUCUUUGAGUACUACGGAAGCACAGCUUACCGGAAACUGCCAUUUGAAAUGGGACCUCUUCCUCCCCUGCCACCCAAUUGUUGCUCCCUGAUGGUGAGCAAUUCCAAAACCACCUCCACAUGCACCAAAACCUCCGCCACAGACUCCUCCAAGGAGGAUCCGAAAAAGUCCUCCUGUCCCUCCUCCAAAGCCACUGGCAGCAGUUCAUCCAGCGAAGUGCUGUCGAAGGCGAUGAAUAAGAAACGCCGACAAUUGCUGGACAUUGAGUAUCCGCGCAAGAGUCCGCGUAGGCAUGCAUCUACGCUGGCCAUUCUGAGUUGUCUGGUGCAGCAGCGGAAAAAGGAGGAGAGUGCCAGUGAGUCGGAGAAGAAUGGUGGGUGCAGCGAUGAGAGUGAUACGCAGAGGGAGAAGAAGAGAACAAAGACUGCCUCGCCAAAGAGGGAACGACGGGACUAUAUCAAUGUGGCUCAGUUAAAUCGGGAAAUUGAAGAGCUGCUGAGUGAUCCGGGCAAUGAGAGUUUUGAGAGUGUCGAUGUCAAUGUGUUGGAAAAUGAGAAACUCUUUGUGCCCCUCAAUACAUUGCCGGAUUUUAUGAGUUUGGUAGAAAGUGCAGAAGAUGAGGGAAUAGUUAAGGAGCAAAUUGGCAAUGAGAGUCAAUUGAAGAAUACCAAGAAGAGGAAGAACAAUAGGACAGGAUGGCCAAAGUGCAAGAAGAAUCGAGGAGUGAGAAAGAGCACAAAUAGUGAAACGGUGGUGAAUGUAAAGAGUGAAGAUUUAUGCGUGGGGACAAAUGUGGUGGAAGCCAAAUCGCCAGACAGUGAAAUUUUCACAGUGUCAUCGUCCACGGAGAGUCUUCAGUCGGGAUUGAGUGAUUUAGAUGGGAAAACUGCCACGAAAGAUUCCGAUACGUUGAGUUUCAGUGCAAAGAGUUGCUUCAUCAGUGACGAUCCGGAAGAGAUCAAUGGGACAAAUUCGUCAGAUAAGGAGGAUGUGAGAAAGAGUCCGAGUCCGGAAAGGGUGAAAAUUAAGGUGGAAGAUGAGGAAGAACGUCGUCUUACCCGAAGAAAUUUCUAUCAGCCAGUUAUUGCGCUCAAUCGACUGGAUACUCAACUCGUGUACAAUUCCUACAGUCUGAGAUCAUCGGUGGUCACGACCAAGGCCAAAGGGAAGUGCAGACGAAAUGAAAAGGGGCAGUAUCUAAAGGCACUAUCUCUGUCGCCGAAGAAGAAAAAGAACACAUACAGAUAGGCAGAAAUGGACAAUCCCGAGCUCUGAGAGACAGGUACUAAAUUUUUAGAGAAAAAAAGAAAUAACAAUAAUGGCAUAAUUUUACUUUACUGGAUAUUUUUUUGAGAAAUAGAAAAAGUUCCUCCCACUAAGAAAAAUAGGCCACGCCCCUUCGUGAAUUAUCGCCAAAUAAGUUAAGAUUGUUUUUAUUUUCAAUAUUAACUAUUUUUAGCAGAAUUUAAUAAUGGAGCUGUUCUUCAUUUAACUUUACAAAGAAUCUAAGAAUGCCGCUUGAGAAAAAGAAGCCACGCCUCUACACUGAGAGAAAUCCGAAAAAGUUAAAAUAACUUUCCGGAAAUGUUUAUUUUACCCUGCAGUAUUGAUCCGAAAUCGGUGUAAAUAUUACCCUUUUUAGGUGUAUUGGGGGUUAAAGUUACCCUUUUUCAUGUUAUUUUUACCCUUAAAAAGGUGUAUAAUUAACAUUAAAUAAUAUUGAUAUAUUUUUACACCCAAAAAGUGUUAAAGUUAUGAGGAAAAGAAGUUAAUCGCAUCCCCUUUUUUCUCAGUGUAGGGUGGAAUCACCAGUUCUCGCCAGUGCCCCACUUUUCGCCACCUAUAUUGAAAUCGCUAUUUAUUGCAAUUUAUCAAAUAAAUGAGCCACAAAGUUAUUUGUAUUUUUUCUGCUGCUACGUAUAGAGUCGAAAAAUAAUAAAUAUUCGUUUUGGAUUUACAAUUUUGAUAAUUUUUUAGAGUAAUAUUUAUUUUUUAUUUUUUCAAAAGCCUUAAGAAAAGACAUUUUUCUUAUGAUAUAUCUUGUUCGAAUUUCGUAGUGACCAGACUAGUGUGUGGAAAAAGUCAAAAUGAGGCUCAUAGUAUUCUUGAGUCAUUGCUAAAUCCUUUCAAAACGACUGAGUUUCUCUUUUACCAGAUAUCUACUAUGGUAUUUUGUAAAUUUUUGUAACCUUGUGUUUUCGUACAAAAUUUCGAAAUUCUGUUUAAAUUUUUCGAAUAUCUGUCGAUAAUUUUUGCAAAGAGAAAACCAUUUGCUUUUUAGCCGAGACACUUUAAAGGAAUCAAAUUCCAGACGAACUCAGCGACUGGUCGGUUUAUCAACAGGAUAACAAUUUUUACAAAGCUGUGAAAAUUGUUAUUAUUAUUAAUAAAUUUUACAAACUUGGAUAAAAAAAUAAUAGAAAGGGAAAUUGAGUAGUCUUAUGUCCCUUAAUGCUCACAUUAACUUUUGUUUUGUAAACUUGUUUUAGACACUUCAAUGAGAGUGAAUGAAAUCUAGAUGUAGUCAUCUCGCUCAGUCUCAUAGGAAACUUUCUUUGUAAAUAUGUUUUCGUAAUUGCUUAUGAGAGUGAGAGAGAUGACUAGAUCUAAGUCGCACUCGCUCUCACUGAAAUGUCAAAAACAUAUUUACAAAACAAAAGUUAUUGUGCGCUGGACAUUACACUAUCUAUAAUGUUUUUUUAAGUGUUUUAGUUAAAUCUUUUAUUGCUAUUUGAAAAGGAUUCCCCUUUGUGAAAUUAUUGGAUUUCCAUGUAACAGAGAAAUUAUUUAUUGUCUGUCAAAUGGGCAUUGGGGAAAAUCCUUACUGUUUUGUUUUAUUUUCAUUUUUGUCAACCGGAUAAGCAUCCAACAGGAGCCUAUUGAAGCGUAUUUGAUUGAUGACCGGAAAAUUUACACCAUUUUAUUAUUUGUUUAAAAAAUUUUGUCAAAUAAUAAGACCGUUCAAAUCUUGGAUGGUGAGAGACCUCUGACUCGACUGAGUGUCACAGUUGUGAGUUCUAGUCCCGUCUGGUGCAUAAGAUCGAAGCGUCGAAACGGAUAUUUUUCACGAUACAUUGUAAAGGGGUGGCAAAGCGUACCAGACUUUGCGAAGUGCUCGAAUUCGUGACUUUCGUGUUAUAGGGUAAAUUAAGCUAAUUCAAAACCUGCUCUAAAUGGAAAUUUUACGCUACUCCAAAUGGAAACGUCAUUGUUUUCAUGAUAAAUACAGUACUAAAUUGCUAUAUUUUUAUAUCUUCUAUACCACAGUUUCAUUAUUUAGUUAAUUUUUCUCCAAAUAAAGCGAAAAUCCAUUCAUAUUCACAAAUUUUUAUUUGUUAAUUUCUCAAAAAUUAAAAGUGUACCUUUUCAUCAUCGAAUUUUUCAUUGAUCGACCAUGUUUUCCAAUGAAAAACACAAUGAGGUGACUCUUGUUUAUUUGUUUUGUUUAACAUUUAUAUCAUAUUUCUGGCUAAUUUUAGUUAAAUUAAGUGCUAAUCUUUAUUGUUAACGGUACGUGAAGUUUUCAAAUGAAAUAAUUACCUAUUUCGUGAACAAAAAGGGUUUUUAUGAAGUGUCUGCAAAUGCUUCAACAGGAAACCCCGGAAAUAUGAUUUUUUUGGAGAGAUUUUCUUAUUGUUUUGGAUGGGAAAGGAAAAAAGACCAGGAAUAAGAACAAAUCCUGCACUCAGGAGCAACUCAACAAGGUUUUUGGAAGCCUUUCGUCGCGGUUUCACUUACACUGGUCUCCAAUUACAAACUUUCCCUUGUCUCCAUUUGGAUUAAUUUGUUUCCAAUAGAAGCAUUUUACACUCGCGUAUUUUUCUUGUAUUUAAGAAGUUUUCAAAUUAUAUAUAAAGAAUUUCCACUAAACAGUAACAUUCAUGAAGAGACAAGGAGGAAAUUUAUGUAAUUCUCUUCAGAAAAAAAUAUGAACUUAAUGUGUUGAAUGUCCUGUCAAAGUUAAAGCGUCUGAAAAUAAUUUUGAAUUUACCCUAAUCUCAAAAGUGCUUUCGCACCAUUUAUUGUUUACCGGUUCUUAACCGAUUUGAACCGAUUUAUAAAUUACUAAAAAUAUUGUCUAAAAUACACCUUAAAAUCCACCUUGAAUUUUGAAUAAAAAUUAAGUUUAGAAUUUAUUUAGGACCGAUUGGAACUAACUUAAUUUUAUCGGAAGUUCCAAGACCUUUCCAACGAGAACAAACAUGACCCCAUUUGCUUGAUAAAUGCGCUCUCUAGUGUGUUUUUAACCUUUGACCUUAAAAACCCGUUAUUAGUAAUGAUUCAACGGUAUUUUCGUAUGACAAAAUGUUCGCCUGGAUAAUCUCUAUAACGUGAAAAAAAUGCACGACGCGUUUUCGAGCAAUUCCAAGAAAAAACAUGGUAUUGGAGGCAAAGGGGAAGGAUGGAGUUAUAUAAGGGGCAUGUGAACGAUCCUUGAGUCGACAUAUGAGGGGUCUCCCUUAAGUCCCAAAUCGCUAUCUGUUACCUUUUGGCCUCUAGAGUUUGCGACAGUCGGACGGACAGACGGACAAACAUCGUGACAUCAUUUCUCAGAAAUCGUCUGAAAUGCGAAGAUUUUUUGAGAAAAGUGGUCUCUUAUCAUUAUUUAACGGUUACUGAAUUUAAAUUCUUUACAAGAAACCAUUUCAAACACUAUUUAUUUGUAUAGUGCAAGUAACUAAGAAAAGAAUUUGUCAAUCAGAAUUCAAAUUAUAAGAGAAAAUGAAGGAAAAUAUUAUCAAAAUCGAAGCAUUGUCAAAUAUUUCUUACGUAACUUCGAGCACAAAUUUUGCAUAACUUUCCAGCAUGCGAAAAAAUCCAAUCAAAUGUAUUCUACCUCUGUUUUUCGUAUUUAUAAUACGUAUUUGAAGACCUGAAAAAAAACUUAAAGUCCCUUUCCAACUUCGAUUAGGAUUUAAUUGUGCAGAAAUCAAUUAAAGCGGGAAUAUUUUGGAAAUAAAUAGGGGCGCACUCGUUUUCGAGACAGGCAUCUCUGAAAUAGAAAAAAUUCUGCUCCUCAGAAAGCAUUAAUUCUCCUCAAUGUUAAAAAAAAUCAUUUAAAAAAUAACGAUCUUCGAUUGAGCAUAAUUCAUGAAGGGGGCGUGGCCUAAAGUGUUUAUAAUUGGAAUUUACAUAAGAUGAAAUUCUUUUUAUCCACAGAAACCAUUAAAAGAAAAGUUUCAGUAAAGCAAAAGUGUCCUAAAAAAAAAUCUCUUGUGAAUAAAAGGAAAAAAGUGAGCGAGAUUUUUUGUACCAUAAAAUUUUCAUUUCAUUGUACUUCUUCCUCAUAGGAUCAUUGUUUUUUAUAUUUUAUUCAUUUUUUUUAGAAUAAUCUCGCUAUGUUUGUAUUAAAGAGUCCUUUUUUUAUUUCACAUUUCUCUCUCUCUCGGACAACCAGAAAAGAAAGAUCUUUAAAAAAAGAUUCUUAAACCUAACUGUAAGAAUUUUAUGUAAAAAAAACAACAAGUAUUCUUAACAAGAAAAA